CGCAAAUAUGCCUCGGCCAGUACCGGAUCAGAGAGACAUUUUCCUAUCGACGACGAGCAAUCAGCGUCGAGGCAUUUGCUGUUGAGACUCGAAAUACGACUCUCACUGGGACUUUGUGCCUUGAGUAUGGGAUGCCAGCUUUAUAUAGGGCACUGAGAUUCACCCAACGCCGUACUUUCCUCUCCUCGAUUUUUGGUGUCACGGCGGCUGCCGCAGUCCUCACCGUGUCGGCGUCGAAUCUUCUUCCUUGCCCUGCUCGACCCGAUAAAAGCCGUUUUGCGGACAGCGGAGUGGAUACAGUACAAUUGACGGGCAAAGUGGUGAUUGCUAAACGACCAAGGAGGUGGAUUGAAGAGAAGGACCCGACGUGCCAGAGUCAUUGAGCAACACAACCUUUUGAGGAAAAGGAGAGAGUCCAAUAAACCUCAUCCUACCUAUCUCAAUAUUUCAGCAUUGUUAUAUUUUUGUGGAGUUACUGCAUUUAAAUAAUACAAUAUUGC